AUGGCAGGAGGAGAGCAUGGAGCCAAUGGCCUGCAACCGCAAGAGCAAGACCACACUGGAGCUCUGGAGGAAGGAAGAGGAGGAGCGAAUCAACCAGCAGGGUGCGAGGAUUCAGAGCAAGCUCUCAGCAGCACGGCCAAUCAGCCCAUGAUCUCCGUCCAAUUCGUGCAGAAGGUCCUCGCCGAGAUCAUGGGGACCUACCUCCUCAUCUUCGCCGGCUGCGCGGCGGUGGCCGUGAACCAGAGGACGGCCGGCACGGUGACGUUCCCGGGCGUCUGCAUCACCUGGGGCCUGGCCGUCAUGGUCAUGGUCUACUCCGUCGGCCACAUCUCCGGGGCGCACCUCAACCCCGCCGUCACGCUCGCCUUCGCCACCUGCGGCCGCUUCCCCUGGAUUCAGGUCCCGGCCUACGCGGCGGCGCAGGUGACCGGGUCCACGGCGGCGAGCCUCACGCUGCGGCUGCUGUUCGGGAGCGAGCCGGAGCACUUCUUCGGGACCGUGCCGUCCGGGUCGGACGUCCAGUCGCUGGUGCUGGAGUUCAUCAUCACCUUCUACCUCAUGUUCGUCAUCUCCGGAGUUGCCACCGACAACAGAGCCAUUGGUGAGCUCGCCGGUCUGGCCGUUGGAGCUACUGUGCUACUAAACGUGCUCUUUGCCGGGCCCAUAUCAGGAGCAUCCAUGAACCCUGCAAGAACCAUCGGUCCGGCGAUGGUCGCUGGCCGCUACACCGGCAUCUGGGUGUAUAUCGUCGGUCCUGUUAGUGGCGCGGUUGCUGGUGCAUGGGCUUACAACCUCAUCCGGUUUACCAACAAGCCACUACGAGAGAUCACCAGGACUGGGUCCUUCUUGCGAAGUGCAAGGAUGAGCUAG